CAACAGUAGUCAUUAACCAGCAACAGGAAGGAUUGAAGAACGAUAGCCUAAAGCGCGGGCUUCCAGGAUGGCCAGCAUACUAAAUCGUGCCGGUUCAAGGUCGUUAGUUUUUGAGACUAAGCAGUCAUUGCGUUCUAUUCCUGGCAGCCUUUUAUCGCUGCGGUCAGUGGCGCUGAAGCCAUUCCGGACAACCAUCUGCGCGGCGGGAGCGCUGCUGACUGCACGGCGCUCGACAUCAGGCCUCGGGCGCGCCAACGGGGUCGUUUGCCAAGCAGGGCGUAGCACUGGGGAAUGGUGGAAGAAGGACAACCCCCCAAACAUGCGGGACAUCAACUCAAUUCAGGAGCUGGUUGACGCUCUGUCGGAUGCCGGAGACCGCCUCGUCAUUGUGGAGUUCUACGCCCAGUGGUGCAACGCCUGCCGCGCGCUAUUCCCCAAGAUCUGCAAAAUCAUGGCUGAGAACCCGGACGUGCUCUUCCUCAAAGUGAACUUUGACGACAACCGUGACGCGUGCCGCACCCUGAGCGUCAAGGUGCUGCCGUACUUCCACUUCUACCGCGGUGCGGAGGGCCGUGUGGCGGCCUUCAGCGCCACCAUCAGCAAGUUGCAGCUGUUCAAGGAUGCCGUGGAGACCUACAGCGCCGCCUUCUGCAGCCUGGAGCCCGCGCCGGGGCUGGCGGAGUUCCCCGACCUCAUCGCGCACCCGGAGCUGCACCCGGAGGAGGCCGCAGAGGCGGCGCGGCGCGCGCGGCUGGCGUCCACCGAGUCGGAGGAGGAGUUGCAUCCGCUGGCCGACACGCCGACUGUGGUGGGAUAGGGAUGAUGAUGUGGGCGGGUGGGGUGCUGGGAACGGCACUUGUGGGGGCAGCGGCGCCGGCUUGGGCGUCGAAGGCGGCUCAGGGCGACGAGCUGCACAGUUAUAGAGCUGUGCAGCGCAACGCGCAAGAAGGAGGUGGGAAUGCAAUGGUCCGAACUCCAAAGGGAGAAGGCAUGGGCAUGGAGAUGAGAGGAGCAAGCGCUUCCAGGGCGUAAGCCUGCACUGAGAGAUGCAGACAAUUGAUACUUGGCGUCCCAGCAGUUACACAAGGCGUUGGUACCUGGACGGUAGCGCCACAUCAUAAGGGUUGACAGCUUUGCCAGGGCAUGCGAGCUAAACCUCGCGGUACAGGCAAUUACCUGCAGGAGUGCCCGGAGGAGUGGAGGGUCUAGGGUUGCGAAGCUGGGCUUUGGGAUCCGGAUUUGAUUCACCGUACAGCAGAACAGAUUGAGGCGGUGUUCUUAUUUUGCUUUGAGCCUGCGUGGGCAAGUUGAGAAUAAUGGCCCCAGGUCGAGCGAGCCACACGUGUGCACUGCACUGUCGUGUGAGUUUGGCGACACUGUGCGCACCUAGCAUGCGCAUGCGCAGGUUCAUUUGAUCAUUUGAGUAGACGUUGUGAAAAUGAAGGUUGCCAUCAUGAAUUCAUGCUGUGGUACCAUACUGCGCAACGUCUGGCUGCGCUCAGGAGCCAGAAGUUGUUCAUGCACGUUUUUUCACGGCUGGCGUAGCGGGCAGUCAGCUGCAGCGGCAAGGGUGUUGAGAGGUUUUCCUUGCUGUCUGGUUGGCCUGCUGCCUGCUGCACUAGUGCUUGACGGCUGAGCGAAGGCGAAAGGCAAUAUGUCACGACCUGACCUGGCGUGUGACCGUGCAUAUCGUGGCAGCUGCGCGAGUGUGAGCAGGUAGUUGUACGGUUGCCCAGCUACCUGACUGUAGUGACGCACACGGGCAGUUGACGCUAGUCGGCAGGCGUGCGAGUGGGAAUGAGCAGUUGAGCGCGCACGCUUGUGGGAAGCUGCGGCAGGGCACGGUGGAGCACGGCGGAGGCAAGCGGUUAGCGCGGCGCGUGAGUGGGAGUGCGCAAUCGCGCGCGUGCCGUUGGGGAAGCUGCGUGUGUCGGUGUGUGCGCUGCGUGUAAACUCAGAGAGAC